AUGACGGAUCGUCCAACGCUUGUUCCACCUCCUCCUAUCAAUCCUUCAAAAUCUGCUAUUGAGAAUGUGUUAGAGCUUCGAGAACUCAGUCAAAUUGGGCCUGAUAUCUUCACAAACACUCAUCCCUUAUGGCACCCUCCUGGCGCACGAGGUAUAUACGGAGGAGCAAUCAUCGCACAAUGUCUUGCAGCCGCACAAUGCACCGUUCCGCAUAAUUUUACCGUACACAGCAUGCACUGCUAUUUUGUCCUCGCUGGAAACUCCGAUCUACCAGUCAUGUACUACGUCGAGCAUGUUCGCGAAGGUCGUUCGUUCGCUACCCGCACAGUACAGGCACGUCAAAAGGGGAAGUGUAUCUUCACAACCACAAUGUCGUUCGUGAGGGAAAACAGUGGAGGCAAACAGACAGUAGAACAUGCGGUUCCCAUUCCAAAGGAUAUUAGACAACCGAAGGAGGAUGAAGAAUUGUUCAAGAUGGAGAUGAAUACUGACAGCCCGUUCAUAAGUCAGAGGAUUGAGAUCUUGAAUGGGGAGUCUGGGACGCCGCAUGAGAAGAGGACGAGGCAGUGGAUUAAGGCGAGGGGGAGGAUUAGUGAUGAGGGUGGACAUCAGGCACAUCUGAAUGCUCUGGCUUAUAUGAGUGAUAGUUAUUUCAUUGGAACUGUGGGGAGGAUACACAAAUUAUGGAGAUAUACCAGCGAAGAAAAGAAGGAGGAGAAGGGUGCGAAGAAUGAAGAAGCGAACGACGACGAAAAAUAUAUGAGAAAACUGAAAGAAUCAGAAGGUUUUGGAGAUGAUUUGAAUAAUGAGAAGCGGAGACCAGAGGUUGGGAUGAUGGUUAGUUUGGACCAUACAAUAUAUUUUCACGAGCCGAGGAGGUUUAGGGCCGAUGAAUGGAUGUUUACGGAGAUGUCGAGUCCGUGGUCGGGCGAUGGUAGGGGAGUGGUCACGCAGCAUAUGUUUGCCAAAGAUGGGACACUAAUUGCUACUUGUUUCCAAGAGGGCGUGCCUCGUGUCACCUCGGAAGCUCCCGUUUCCCGAAAUCUCGGGGCAGUUGACGUCAAGCCGAAUUCCAGCGAACUGAGUUAUCUUCUGUUCUAUGCGACGACACGAAGGAGUAAGGUGCAGAAGGUUGGGGAGUUCCUUGAGAAGAAGACCGCAAGUGAUGUUUGGAGAGCUAGAAUAGGAAAUGUUCAAGUUACGCUUCAAAUACUGGCAGCUUUAAUCGAGAAAGCACCCCGAGAUUUACCCCUGUAUGCGCCCUACGUUCUCAAAAUUUUCAAUAUCAUACUCCGUGCGCGAGAUGUUACCAUGGUGGAAUCCUCAAUACCCACGUUCGAGGUCUUUUGCGAAAAUCAUGAUAUGGCAAGCCUUUCCGCGGACCAAGAAUAUCUGCAUCAAUACGAGGAGAUCGUCCGAAUAUACGCGUCAUUUGCUUCCACGAGAACACAAAUGAGCAGUAAACCUCAAAGCGCACCAGUCACUAUAAGAUGGAGAAGUCUCGGUCUACAAGCAGUCAAGAGUGUAGCAUCUUCGGAAGCUUUGGCUACUGUGGCAGGCAGACAACUGGACGUGAUUGUACCGAUACUACUGGAGAAUAUUUGGACGGAUAAUGAGGAUUUUCUUGAGAUACUACAACAACGAGCCGAAACAGAAGAACACAUGGGAACGGAUAAGUCAUUGUUAAAGAGAAGGACAAGCAAUGCAACGGUCCGAACGGUUGAUACGGCAGGGGAGAAUUCUACUGCUUUGUCUGGAACCACAGCGGAUGCAGAUAAAUUAGCAGAGGAGAACAUUGGUGUUUUGGCCAUGCAAUGUUUGAAACAGAUAUUUGUCGUCAAUAAUCGAUCUCAGAUUCAUGGAGCUGCGACAGCCGUAUUGAAGUUCAUUUCGGAUCGAGUUACUCAACAAGAAUCGGUUAUAGAGAAUGGCCCAAUCGAGAAUUGCAAAGGAUGGGCACCCCGUAUUUUCGAAAUGAUUGCCAGAUGGACCCCAGUCCAAGACCGAUAUGUCAUAUUGGUGACGGCCAUGGAUAGUUUGGUACGAACUGACCAAGUUGAGGCCACCCUCAUGCAACAGCUUGUCCUCGCAACAAUGGUAGAUUCUUUACUCAAAUCGGACAUCAAUUUAAUAGGAUUAAGCGUAAUGGAUGUUCUACUGGGACUGAUACAGCACAUAUUAAUAGUUCUUCAACUUGGAAAUAUUGGUGGACCUCAUCUUCAGCCAGAUAGUGGAGUCGAUGAAAAGUACGAUGCUAAUCCUUUGAAUGCGCCAAUCACCUCUGAACCUGCUCUGGUACCAACGGAUACCCGAAAAGAUCUUAUGGCUCGGCUGCAAAAUUGUAUAGGAGCUUUGGCUACUCACGUUUACUAUGCGGAUCAAAUAUCAGAUAUGGUUUCUGUAAUCCUGUUACGUUUGAAACCUUCACCCUUAUCACCAAUUCCAAAUACUGUUGCAGCUAUCGAAGAUCCAACGUCUGCAACAGAGGCUCUCUCAUCUGGCACCAAUAUGACCGAAGAUCCAAACACUGAUGGGUUCUUUUCGUUCGAUACCGCCAAGAUCAAAGCCCUCGAAUCAAUAAAAUUAAUCUUGCUUGUGGCAAGUCACAAAACAACGACAUCUGGAAAUUUCGGAAGAAAUCGAGUUCCAAUCAAAACUUGGGAGGGCACACAAUGGUUGUUGCGCGACGUGGAUGGACGUGUGAGAAAAGCAUACACUGAUGCUCUGUUGACAUGGCUAGACAUGGAAGUCACUAAGGCCGAUCAACAUGUUCCCGACGAGAAGUCAAAAGGAUUGACGAAGAGUGCACGUGAUGAAUCAGCCACAAAUCUCGCCAAAAGAGCAGUGUCAAACGCAUCAAGAUCAGAGAAACCUUCUAGAUCGUCUAGAACAACAUUCUUGGAGCUUCUACAUCUUGCUAUUUACGAAAAUGCAUUGCAAUUCGCAGAUAACGAGAACGACAUAGUUCUUCUCCACCUUCUUCUGACCAACCUUGUCAAAAAAUUAGGAGUAAAUGCAGUCAGAAGUGGAUUACCCAUGAUGUUCCGAUUACAAGAGGACAUAGAAUUGUUUGAGCUCCCGGUUCAUAAAGUUCGACUUGGAAGUUUGUGUCAUGGGUAUUUCUGGACCUUAUGCGAAAAGUUCGAAAUUGGAAAGUCACCCAUCGGGAAAACAGUCCAAGACGAAAUUCGCCAACGACAGAAGGCCAUGUUUUGGGUUGAUAGCAUCCGCUUUCCUCCUGUGCAACUCCCUAAUAUUGGUACACCAGGUAGAACAACACCCCAACAAAAGCAAUCUCCCAAAUAUGCCGGAGCAGAUGCCUUAGCACCUUUCGAUGAUCGAUUCCAAAUGGUCAAACUCAUCUCUUUAUCGUAUGCCACAUCUAUGAAUUCUCCUCCAAACAGCCCCCCAACUUCUCCAGGGCGAAGCUUCACCCAUCCUAUACUUAGUGUGGACAUCCCUUCAUCAACAAGAAAUACCAUCAUGCCAGAAAGGAUUAAGGAAGAAAUGAUGUCAGAAUGGAACAAGGAGUCCGUGAUUGCCGUUGCGCAGGAAAGUACUAAGACUGCCUCAAUCAAUGGAUCACGUGCAGGCACAAUGAAUACUGGCCAUCGCAACUUUCUUACUAUCAAUGGACUUGGUAAUGGUAGCAAUAGUGGGACAGCAUCUCCCACUGGCGGCCAUAACACCAAAAGUGGGCCAAACUCAACAUAUGGAACCACCAGCGGUAUUGGAGCAAUGCAUAAACUACGAAAGGGUAACGAGCAUUCGCCUGGUCCUGCUAGUGAAUCAAGUCGCGGGUCAGUAAUGAAAGUUGACCAACUGAAGCGAGUUUUCUCUGGUCAGUCGACAGCUUUACCGGGUACUAGGGCUGGCGCACCCCAGAGUGAUGCAAGUAGUGAGAGCAUGGUUAGUUAUGACUUAUCAACUUCGGAGAUAUCUAUCAACACAUACAAUCAACAGAAUGCUUCGGGUGUAGAACGAUCGGCUUCCAUGCGUUCAGCCGGACGAUCGAGAUCGAAGUCACGAGACAGAGUUCCCAGAUAUUUGGAACGAUCUUUGACCUCCAACCCCACAGAUGUAGCACAUGAUGGUACAACAGUUCCCCCUGUUCCACCACUCCCACCCUCGCUUGUGGGUGAACAUGUCUCGGUUCACGAUCAAGCGCAUAAUCAUUCUUCAGAAGGAUAUCGACCGGGUCGGAGCGCGAGAAGAAGUACGAAGAGUAGGGCGGGUGGAUAUCCAAGUAUGCCAUGGGGCGAGGAAAAUGGGAAGGUCGUAGAUCUCCAGAAUCUACUAAGUGGUAUUGAAGUGGGCGGGGAUGAGAAAGGGAAUGCUGGUAUGCCUCCUUAUUGA